AUGGACACGGCCUUGGCCGGAGGGCACUGGGGUCCGCGGGCAGCCCCUUGCUUAUCCGGCCGGCCCGGCUCCCCACACCCCCCGCCCCCCACCCUCCCUACCUCCGAGCCCCCACACGCCGGGGUUGGGGGCAGGGACGACGGGGGAGGAUCCUGCAGAGAGCCUCCUUCCAAAGCCUCCCCGACAGCCUCGGGCUCCCCUCGCUGGGACGUGUUUUGUGGGCCGUGGCGGAGACCCCAGCUCUGCCAGCCCCGGGAGGCAGCGGCUGAGGAGAUGGGGCCACCAGGCCACCACCCCCCACCCGGCCAUGAGUUCACGUCCUCGGCGCCCAGGGCCGGCUCGCCAGAUGGAGGAAUCGGAGCCAAGGCUGCCCCGGAGGGAGGCACUCCUAUCUCGCCCCCGCCUGGUAACCAGUGCGUGCGCCCUCCCGCCGGGCGCUUCCAGCCUCUCGAGGGCGACACCCAGGUUUAUGGGGAGCACAUGAGCACGGGUGAUCGUUGCCCCAGAAAACACCUGUCCCGCAGGCUGGGCCCGCCCGCGUCCUCCGGCCCUGUGCACAGACACAGGCUGGCAGGACCGCCCAACCCUCCACCGCGAGAGCAGGAAGGCUGGUCUGCGCCCAGGGGCUCCUUCCGCCAGCCCCCUGGGAGGCCGGGCAGUUUCCACACCCUCUCGCAGAGGGGGCAUGGUGUCUUCGGCCUGAGGAAGCCCUCAGGAGCCAGAGCCCCCGAACAAGCGCCAGCCUCCCCAGGAAAGGGGGUGUCUGGGCCUGGACGCCACCCCAGAAGAAAGGGCCGCGUCAGUAAAAGCCAAGCUGCCGGGGCCUCGCAGGGCCAGUGUGCCAAACCCCACACUCCCUCCGGGGACACCUCGCCCAGGACGGGGGUCGCUCACCCUGUGGCCCCUCUCCGCGCCACCCCCGCCCAUCAGUUCCACCUCUGCGUGGCCGCUACCCCCCCCCCCCCACCCUUCCUGCGGCUGGAGGGCGUGGAGAGCAGGAAGCAGCCCUGCGGGGACCCCAGCACAGGGCGGACCCUCUCCUCCCUCCCCAGCCAGACAGAGGCAGGAAAUACCUCCACGCCCUGUGCAGAGCUAAUUAUAGUGACACAAAACGUGUGCUCGAAGGUGGCUACACUUUACCUCGUGCCCUGCCCCCAGCCCCCUCCCACACCGACAGGUUGGAGCCAGCACCUCGCGCAGGAUUCGAGCCUGGACCCACCGCCGUCCUCACUGGGUGGAACAGGGCGGAAGUCAGAGGCUGAGCUGCUCCUGAACGACCAGAGGCCCGCAGAAGCCGAGGCCGCUGCCCCUUGA